AUGUCCCCCUUCAAUCAGCAUAACAAGGAAGACGGGAGUUUCGGAAAGCUGCCUCAGUUAUGGGAGGAAGAUGAUUCAGGAAAUAAAUCUAAGGCUACUCGUUGGCUUUUGUUUUCAACACAAUACCAACAAGUAGAGCAAGAACCACAAAAAGAUCUCCAUAAUUUGGAUUCCUUGUUUCUUGACACCUCACCUCCAUUUCGAUAUCAGAUGCACGAACUCGCUGAUAUUGAAUCUCAAUAUUCCGAGCUUAUUAAACCACACACAAGUCAUGAUGCAGUGCGCCAUGAAGUGAGAGGCCCCAAGCUAUCAACUGAUGCAGUCAUUCGAUUGGGUGGAGAAAGAUUCAUACAAUCUUGUUCAUCGUCUGUAAACGAUAUCUCGAUGCCUACCCAUCCUUAUGGGGGUUCCUUCUCUGGGUUUACUGAUCAGGAAGUUAAAGAUAUUGAACUCAUUGAAAAUCUUUUGCUUUCCGCAGAGAAGGUCACCCAUCAACAGUUUGAACGAUCAAGUAAGCUUCUGGACUGGUGCGAUUUGUUAUCAUCUAGUUCAGGAAACCCAAUUCAGAGAUUAGCUCACUAUUUCUCAAAAGCUUUACGAGAGAAGAUGGCUAAUGAAUCCGGGAUAAUUUCAUCCCAUGGCUCUGGAAAGAAAGAUGUAGCCGAAAUGGAAGGGAGAAUGAUGACCCCAAAUCCAACUACACUCUCUGUUUAUCAGAAGUUACCUUUUCUUCAGGCUGGUCAAUUUCCUGGAGUGCAGGCUUUGGUUGAUGCUGUAGCGGGGGCAACGAAAGUGCAUAUUAUUGAUCUAUCGAUCAAACAAGGCGUACAGCAUACGAUUCUAAUGCAAGCCAUUGCAUCUCAACCCAACUUAAUCAUCGAAAGUCUCAAAAUAACUGCUGUUGGGACUAUGUUCAAGGAGAAACUUGAGCAGACAGGAGAUCGGUUGAGGAGUUUUGCUGAAUCUAUAAGCAUGUGUUUGACUUUUAAUGUGGCAAUGGUGGAAGAUAUGCUUGAUUUCAAAGAAGAUCUCUUUGAGUUGGAUCCAGACGAAGCUUUGGCUGUUUACUCAUCGCAUGCAUUGUGGGGAAUGAUUGGGCAGCAGGAUCGACUAGAAUGCCUGAUGAACGUUAUAAAAAAUAUAAACCCUCGUGUUAUGGUGGUAUCUGAAGUUGCAGCAAAUCUUAACUCACCUAAUUUUGUGAAUCGUUUUAUUGAAGCUCUUUUCUUCUAUGGGGCGUUCUUUGACUCUUUAGAAGACUGUCUGGAUCGAGAAGAUGAAAAUCGUGCUAUCACUGAAUCUAUGUACUUUGGUAAUGCAAUAUGGAGCAUUGUGGCAGCAGAAGGAGAAGACCGAGUGGUUCGGCAUGUAAAUAUUGAUGUCUGGAGAAAAUUUUUCGCAAGGUUUGGGAUGCAAGAAACAGAACUGAGUAUGUCUUCUUUAUAUCAAGCAAACCUAAUGGCAGAAAAACUUCCUUCCGGAAGUUCUUGCACCUUUGAUAUGGACGAAAAGUGCCUCAUUAUUGGUUGGAAAGGAACACCGAUCCACUCUCUUUCUGCUUGGAAGUUUUCAUGA